AUGCCGCCGAAGCGCACACCCGUGAAAAAUAUGGAAGGUGGUGGUAGCAAUUCCGCCGCCGCCAGCAACGACGACGCAGUGGAAGAGUUCGACGCGCUGGUGCACAUGCGUGGCUCAGCAAAGGCGAAGCUGACACGCGUGAAGCACAUGAUGGAUCACAUCGUAGAGGAGGAGAUCACGCUGCCGCAGGUCAAGGUGCACCAGAAGAAAGUGGAAGCUGCCUACAAGGAGUUUUCGGACUACCAUGAACGCAUCAUGGCGGUCUGCCCACCGAGUAAGAGACAGGAUCAAGACUGUAAGUACGUUGAAUUUGAAACAUUGUACGACGACAUUUCCCUCGCUCUCGAAACAUGGAUCGAGAUGCUGAGUCAAACGAAUCGUAACCAACAACCGAUUGUGGUUCAACCGUCGCUUCCUCGUGCCAUUCCGCAUUUCGAUGGCAAAUACGAGCAGUGGGAAAAAUUCAAAGUCAUGUUUAGGGACGUGGUCGACAGAUCGAAUGAUCCGCCACGGAUUAAGCUCUACCAUUUGGAAAAGGCUCUAAUUGGGGACGCAGCUGGCAUAAUUGAUGCAAAAACCAUCGCUGAUGGCAAUUAUGACCAUGCAUGGGAAAUUUUAGCAGAAAGGUUUGAAGACAAGCGACGAAUGGUUGAUCAUCACAUCUCUGGGCUACUCAAUAUGAGGAAAAUGUCGCAAGAAAGCCACUCUGAGUUGAGAGAGUUGGUCGAUUCAUGUGUUGGUCAUGUCGAAAAUUUGAAACAUUUGGGUCUAGAUUUUACUGGGGUAUCAGAUACAAUCGUAACGCACAUCCUAUCCAAUGCGUUGGACGAUGAGACAAAGAAGUUGUGGGAAUCCUCGGUCGCCCAUGGGGAGUUGCCUGAAUAUGAGGACACUGUCAAAUUUCUGAAAGGUCGCAUUUCCGUACUUGAACGUUGUCAAAAGUCCACUAGUGAUAGUAAGGUCAAACAAUCCGCGCGUGGUGCAGUCAAAGGACUCGUGUCCGGCAAGCAGUCGUCGAACGUGAAGGUGAACGUGGUGUCAUCAAGCAGCUGUGAGUUCUGUGCAGGAGACCAUCUGGCGUUCAAGUGCUCUACGUUCAACGGAUUGUCGGCGGAAAAUCGAUUGAAGAUGGUGCGUGAUAAACAGGUGUGCUUCAAUUGCUUGCGACGUGGUCACCGAAGCGGAGAAUGUAAAUCGAACAAGACGUGUUCGAAGUGCAAACGGAAGCAUCAUACGCUGAUCCAUACAGAAGGUGGUUCAGUGCAAAAUUCAAGUUCCAGCAAUUCCAGUGGGACAGAUCAGCAGCAGAUUCCAAAGCAAGCGGCGCAGCCAGACAACGCAAAUGUUCCGGGUAGCAGUACACCUAACACCGUGGCUUCGAAUGUGGUCGAGAAGCCAAUUUCGCAAGUGCUGUUGCUAACUGCAAUGGUCAACGUUUUGGACAAGCAUGGGAACCCGCAAUCAUGUCGCGCUCUUUUGGAUAGUGGGUCCCAGGUCAACUUCAUCUCGGAGGCGAUGUUGGAAAAGCUGCAAGUGGAUCGAGAAGAAAUCGACAUUCCCAUCACCGGAAUCAACAGCGUCAGAUCCAGCGUUCGACAACGUGCGAGGGUGGAGGUUUGUUCGAUGCAGAAUGGUUUCAAGAUGGAGUUGGAUUGCUUGGUCUCGCCGAAGGUAACAGGAAACCUGCCCACCUUUGAGGUUGACGCUGCUACAUGGAACAUCCCCGCUGGAAUCCAGUUGGCAGACCCUACGUUCUUCCGACCAGGACAAGUGGAUUUGCUGAUUGGAAUGGAAUGGUACGACGAUAUACUCAAGGCCGGUCGUCUGAAGCUAUCAGAAGAUCUGCCUACGCUCCGAGAUUCGCAAUUUGGCUGGUUGAUUGGUGGAAAAUAUGCUAGUGCUUUUUGUGGAACAAUUGUGAACUCUAAUGUGGCGACACCAUCAAGUGACUCUUUGAACGAACUGAUGCAAAAGUUUUGGGAAGUGGAAAGUGUUUCCAGUGAGCAGUGCGUGAAGACUGAAGCUGAACAGUGUGAGCAGCAUUUCCAGUCUACGGUUCGUCGAAAUGAAGAUGGUCGAUACGUAGUACAGUUUCCACUUCGGGAAUCAAUCAGCCAGCUUGGAGAUUCGAGACCAAUGGCGCUGAGGAGAUUCUACGCACUGGAGGCAAAAUUGCAGAAGAACCCGGACAUUAAGAAGCAGUACGACGAAUUCAUGGAUGAAUACGAGCAGCUUGGACAUUGCAAGGAAGUGCAUGAAGCGGAAGAUCCUGUUGGUUUGCAGAGAUGGUAUCUACCGCACCACGCGGUACUCAAGCCGUCGAAUACGACUACCAAGUGUCGCGUCGUGUUUGAUGCAUCGGCAAAGGUUGGUGGAAUGGCAUUGAAUGACGUGAUGAUGGUUGGCCCUACAAUUCAACCUGAUUUGCUGACGAUCAUUUUGAAGUUUCGCAUGUAUCGGUAUGUGCUAAGCGCUGACAUCGCUAAGAUGUAUCGAAGCCCAACGAGCCACUGCGAGUCUUGGAGCUUCAAACUGUGA